AUGGAGCUCGGGGACUCCGAGAACCACGAGGAUGGGGACUCAGAGGAGGACACAGCCACGGCUCUCCAACGGCUGGUGGAGCUGACAGCCACCAGGGUGACAUCAGUGAGGAAUCUGCGAGUCCAGUAUCACCUCAUCCGAAAGCUAGGCUCAGGCUCCUACGGCCGAGUACUUCUCGCCCGGCCUCGCCAAGGGGGUGCAGCCGUGGCUCUGAAGCUGUUACGUCGGGACUUGGUCCUGAGAACCACCUUCCUGAGAGAGUUCUGUGUGGGCCGCUGUGUCUCGUCACACCCAGGCCUGCUCCAGACCCUGGCAGGACCCCUGCAGACCCCCCGACACUUUGCCUUUGCACAGGAGUAUGCUCCCUGUGGGGACCUCAGUGGGAUGCUGCAGGAACAGGGACUUCCCGAACUGCUGGUGAAGCGGGUGGUGGCCCAGCUGGCUGGAGCCCUGGACUUCCUCCACAGCCGGGGACUGGUGCACGCUGAUGUGAAGCCAGACAACGUGCUGGUCUUUGACCCUGCCUGCAGCCGUGUGGCCCUAGGAGACCUGGGCCUGACCCGGCCCGAGGGCAGUCCAACUCCCGCCCCCCCAGGGCCCCUGCCCUCCGCCCCACCCGAGCUCUGUCUCCUGCUGCCACCUAAUACCCUGCCCCUGCGACCGUCUUUGGACUCCUGGGGCCUUGGGGUGCUUCUCUUCUGUGCUGCCAUGGCCUGCUUCCCCUGGGAUGUGGCCCUGGCCCCUGACCCAGAGUUUGAGGCCUUUGCUGGCUGGAUGACCACCAGGCCCCAGCCACGUCAACCACCACCCCCUUGGAACCAGUUUGCACCCCCGGCUCUGGCAUUGCUCCAGGGGCUUCUGGACCUGGAUCCUGAGAUGAGGAGCUCCCCACUGGCCAUCCUGAACUUCCUAGGGGAUGACUGGGGGUUGGGGGGGAACAGAGGGAGACCUGGGGGCUUAGGGAAUAUGUCUGGUGAGGAUGGGGAGCAGCAGGAAGAGGGGGGAUCGAGCCUGGAGGAGUUGACAGAGGAGGAGCAGGAGGAUGACAAAGGUGGGGGGAGCAUGGGGACAGAUGAGGAAACUCCCUGA